AGCCCAUCUCACCAGGCCGUUUUGUCUGCCGUCCAGCCAUCGCCUCGUCCUCCUCCUGCAUCCGUUCUUUGCCCCGCAUCGAUGAACUCGUCGGACCCAUCGAACUCCGGCAUCUCCGCCGAGGCUACCUCGAAUCCCGCCUCAGCUCCAUCGGCCCCAGGCUUCCGCCCCAUCCAACAGCAACAACACCAGCACCAGCAGCAGCAGCAGCAGCACCAGCAGCAGCAGCAGCAGCAGCAGCAGCAGCAGCAGCAAUCGGCGCCGCCGCCCACUCCCCAUCCUGAGCACCCCGACCCCGUUGCCAUGCGAACCUUUUUCCUAGAGUCGCUCCAUACCCAGGCCAAGCGGACCGAGCACUGGGACGAGAUCUGUUUUGUGUAUUUUAAGCAGACGAUCGAGGGUCGGGAACAUCACAUCGAUCCCCGGACUCAGCUCGUCUGCUUUACGAAAAAGGCAAUGGAUUUGCCGUCCAAGACGGAUUCGCAAGGUCAUCUCAUCAUCAAAUACUCAGAUGACUUUUACGAGGUGGCCAAGCACAUUCGAGCGAUGGAACCAACGAAUGUCACAGACAGCAAUUCAUCAACGGCCUCGCCGGCCUCGCCGCCUGCCUCAUCAUCCGCGACCGAGCCGCCCUCGAUUUCGUUCUCGACAAGAUCCGGCCCGUUGCCGGACAACGGCACAUCCGAGCUCCCAUACAUGGAAGUCGAUAUCGUUUCGGAGUGUGUCCGAUUGGGCGACGACUCACAAAAGUAUAUUGGCCGGAUAUUCCGUCCUCAUGCCAAUUUCGCCAAAAAGUAUGCCGAGAGCUGGAUGGACGGCAAACAGUUCGACCUCCUCUAUCGGAUAGGAAGCUCGACCUUCACAGGCGAACCCGUCAAGUUGGCUGGGCAGAUCCUCAAGAAGUGGUGCAUCUGGAGCGGCAUCGGCAAGGGCGACCAGUGAACACCUCUGGGCCAAACAAUAUCCCUCCCGUCUGGGUGUUGAAUUCCUCAGCAAGCCUAUCGCCCGCCGAGACAGUC